AGUGUUUGUGUUGUGUGCGCGUCUUUUUCAUGUUUGGUUAUAAUUUGUGAAAAUAUGUCUAAAUGACACGCAAAGGUUCAUUAAAAUUCUUUAAAUUUAUUACAAAUCGUGUCAAACUUGUUUUGCGCAAUUGUUUCUAUGAUUUGUUUUGCUGUUAGUAGAUGACGUUCACGUUACCACUUAUAAAUAUAUGUGGAUACUUAUAUAUAUAUAUAUAUGUAUAUACAUAUAUAUAUGGUAAGUGCUGCCAGAUUGCGAUGUAAUUCAUAUGUUGUUCGUGUCUUUGCUAACGAUUGGAAUUGAAUCUUAACAACAUUAAAGUGGUCGUUUAGAAGCGUUACAGUUACUGAAGUUUGAGAGAAAUGGCUGAUAUACAAGAAAUCGAUCUAGAAAAUUUGGAUUCCUUAAUUGAAUAUUGUCCAGACAUAAAUAAACUCGAUGAAUCUAAUCUAAUUCCAAAAGAAAGCUCUUCAAAAAUUAAUACGAAACUAUCGGACGAAUCUAAAACUCUUCUUAUAUUCGUUUGCCCGUUAUGCUAUCGCCAAUAUGAAUUAGAAGAAGAUUUGCACGGACAUCUCUUACUAUAUCACCAUUAUGAACCUACGGGAUCUAUAUCUAUUGAUCAGAAUCUGAACAAUGUUAACAAAAUUGAAGACGACGAAAUAGUUUUAAAGCAAAAAUCGGAGCAAAGUGACGUUUCUGUUGCGAAAAUUGAUAGCGAACUACGUCCGGUGCCAUUUAAGGAUUUUCGCUUAAUAAUACGUAGUAAAAUGUCCAUUGUAUGUAUGUCUUCAUCAAAUUGUUCGUAUAGAUUUGAAACUACCGUACAAUUGGAAUUACAUCUUAAAUGUCAUACCUUGGAAAAGGAUAAAUUCAAAUGUUUUAUUUGUUCGGUCGACUUUAAUAAUUGGCGGCGCUGUUCCAUACAUCUGUGGAAAUCGCACCAAUUGGAAGUAGAUUUGUUAAAAUGUCCAAUAUGUGAAUAUAAGGCCCAUAAUUCCGUUUUGGUCUGGCGUCAUAUGCGCGUUCACAAAAAGUGGAAGCCACGUAUAUUGCGCUCUUUGAAAGCGGUUAAGGAGCGUAGGCGACGUACCUUACAGCAUACUUUAGUUAAAUCCGGCGACGAGAAAUCGAAAUUAGUGGCUAAAAAAAAUAGAUAUUAUUCGGAGAAAACUUGCGAGAUAUGUAAUCGGAAAUUUGUUAAUGGAAAAACCUUAUCGAAGCAUAUAAAAACCGUGCAUAAUAAAAUCUUGCCAUUCAUUUGCAAUAUUUGCGGUAAAAAGUCGGCUAGGAAGGCCAGUUUAAUAAUACAUAUGCGUCAACAUACCGGAGAGAAACCGUUACAAUGUAAAAUUUGUAAAUUUGGUACACGUGAUCCCAGCGUCUUGCAUAAGCAUCAACUCAGACAUGAAAAGGAGGGUAAAUUUCGUUGCGAGAUAUGCGGUUAUUCGUGCAUACAAUCCAGUGCUUAUAAGCGUCAUAUGCGUUUAAAUCAUGAGGAAGCUUUCAAAAGAAUCUCUUGCGACUUAUGCAAUUUCAUUACCAUCAAUGAGAGCAAACUUGACGCCCAUAAGGAAGAUCAUCGUAAGGGAUUAAUUAUUAAUAAUGAAGAUUCGAUGAAUGCCUCGAAGCCGAAUAAUAAAAAUGAAAUAUCCACUGAUUGUUUUAUGCCUUUGGAAAGCAUCGAUUCGUUACCCCAUGAACCAGCUGUGGAUACUGGCGGCGUCACCAUACCGGCACCGUCAGAAGAUUCUCAAUUCCCGACUUAUUUGAAUAAUUAAAAAAACAAAAAAAAACAAGAAACAAAAACGAAAAAAGGAUAACAUCAAGAAAGGAAACAAGCAACAACGAACCACCAAUGGAUUAAUAAUAAUAUUUUUUUUAUUAUCCUUUAUUUUUAUUCAAAUUCUUUUUGUUUAUAAUUGUUUUUGUUCUUCUUUCUCUGUUUUAUGAUAUGAUUCGCAACACAAUUUUUAGUUUUUAUUUGUUUAAUAAUUAAAAUCUGUCAGUUUUUAUAUAACUUUUUUUUGUUUCA